GAUGCGUCAUCAAGCAUCGACUUUGCUUCCUCCCGGAGGUAAACAACCAACCGGUGUCAGAGUUGUAUUUAUAUUUUGAGAUGUGUCAUUGUAUAAUAUAUUUAUAAUUUGAGCUUUUACAAUCAGCCAUUACCACAUUAGUAUAAGCACGAGGGUUCUCACCCAUGAGCUCUGAAUAUUACAUGCCCAGAACAGAAGAGAUAAAACAUGAACAAAAGCAAAAGGGAGGCAUGACACCUCCGUAGGAAACCUUUUUCAGAAGUAUUUAAAUUCACUCUUGCUCUUUCUUUUUGAGUAACUUGAUUAGACAUACAGCACGGUUGUUAUGUAUAUUGAUCUAUCCUUUCUGGGGCUUUCAAGUAGAAGUAACAGCCCAUGUUCUUGUUACUAGCUACAUGGUCAAUGUUCUUCAACAGUCUCCUGAGAAACGAAAGAAUACCCUCGCUGUGUAUACGUAUCAUCAAGUGCUGUUCACAUGCCACGGUGUAGUUCCUGUUGUCUGUGAGCAUGUUAGGCCGAUAAAGGAAUUGGAAUGGGGGGGUUCGACCCAGCUGAGUUGAUUGCGGGUCUCUGUGGUACCGACGCCGGGAACCCAUUCCCCGUUUGGCAGAACGGAACCAUCGUGCCCUGCUUCAACCAGCUGGUUUUGGGUGUCUUGCCCCACAGUGGCCUAGCGGUCUGCAGCGCCUUCUACCUGAGCAUCCCACGACGCAGACCCAUCCUUCAGUAUGGCUGGACCCUCAGGCUGGUCUCGACUCUGCUGUUGGUCCUCCUCUUCACUGUGGACCUGGUGCUGGCGGGCCUCCAACGCCAGGUCCACCUGUACCUGGACUGCCUGGCCGACGGCUGUGCCCUCCUGGCCUGGCUUCUCCACCUCGCUGCCUCCCUGGCUCUCCAGGUGUCCGUGGCGUGGAGCCACAGACGGGGCCCCACGCUGCUGGUUCUGCUGGUUCUCCUCUCUGUUCCUAACCUGGUGUUCACCCUGGUGGCGGGCGCCAGCACCGCUCUGGACCCUACCCGGUCGCUCAGACUAACCCGCUUCAUUCUGGCCGCGGCCCGGACGCUCCCUCUUGCUGCGUACCUCCUAGCGUGGGCCUUCCCGUGCGUCUACAGCGGCGCCGCUUAUGAGUUACAGAUCAACAGCGGCGUCGAUGACGGUGGCGCGCUGGAGAGUGCCCCCACCGAUACGGGCGCCAUGGUGGCGGAGGACGGCAGCGGCUACUUCUCCCGCCUGUUCUAUCGCUGGCUGGACCCGCUGCUGGAGCGAGGUCGCCGCGGGCAGCUGGACGGGCUGGGCCACGUCUACCACCUGCCCAGGGCGCUCCGCACCGGCGUGGUCACGAGGCACUUCUCCAGGUGCUGGCAGGCCAGCCAGCAGGGGGCGUCAGCCGGGGUGAGAGGGGGAGGGGCACGAAGAGGGGAGUGGCCCCGACCCGUCAGCCGGCACCUCCCGGCGGGCAGCCGGACCCCCCCUCAGGAGGAGGCGCUGCCGGAGCUGGGCGGGGACGUGCGUCUCUUGGGGGUGCUGCACCGGGCCUUUGGGUGGUGGUACUACGCCCUGGGUGUGCUAAAGCUGGUGGGGAACCUGCUGGGAUUCGCCGGCCCCCUGCUUCUCGGCCAGCUGGUGGGCUUCAUGGAGGACCCAGACGCCCCGCCGAGUCGGGGGGCUCUGGUCACCCUGGGGCUCUUCUCCAGCUCGCUGCUCUCUGCCUUCCUCAGGAACCUCUACGGCUUUCACGUGUCCAAGGUGGCGUUGUCGGCGCGCGCGGCCGUCGUCACGGCGAUCUACGGCAAGGCGCUGCGGGUGGGCAGGGUAGGGCUGGCGCGCUUCUCCCUCGGCGAGGUGGUCAACCUGAUGAGCACCGACACAGACCGCGUGGUCAACUUCUGCAAUAGCUUCCACGAGCUGUGGAGUCUGCCCGUGCAGUUCUCCAUCGCCCUGUACCUGCUGCACCUGCAGGUGGGCAUUGCCUUCCUGGGGGGGCUGGGCGUGGCCCUGCUCCUCGUCCCCCUAAACAAGCUGCUGGCCUCCCGUAUCCUGGACAACAACAAGCACAUGCUCCGGUACAAGGACAGCCGUGUCAAGCUGGUCACCGAGUUGCUGUUCGGUGUCCGCGUCAUCAAGUUCUACACCUGGGAGCCCCACUUUGCCCACAAGAUCUCAGACUGCCGCCAACGCGAGCUGUCUCACCUGAAGACCAUCAAGUACCUGGACGCGGUGUGCGUGUACACCUGGGCCGCGCUGCCUGUGGUCGUCUCCAUCCUCACCUUCCUCACCUACGUGCUGCUGGGACACCAGCUCACCGCCACCAAGGUGUUCACCACCCUGGCCCUGGUGGGCAUGCUCAUCCUGCCUCUGAACUGCUUCCCCUGGGUGCUCAACGGGGUGCUGGAAGCCUACGUCUCCCUGGAGAGGAUCCAGCGCUUCCUUCAGCUGCCCAACCAGGACCUGCAGGCCUACUAUAGCCUGGCAGCCCCAGAGGACCAGCAGACGUCAGUUCUGCUGAGCGAGGGGUCCUUUUCCUGGCUGGGCCUCGGGGGGCCUGGGGGGUCAGACCCUCCUGGGCCUAGAAGAGAUGAGGGCUCUGGAGAGGGGAGCGGGAGCCUUCUGCUGCAUGCCUUGGACCUCAGCAUACCUAAGGGCUCUCUGGUUGUGGUCGUGGGGAGAGUGGGCUGUGGGAAGAGUUCCUUACUGGCAGCCAUUACUGGAGAACUGACCAGGCUGAGUGGGGCGGUCCACGUGGUGGGCCGGGAGGGCGGCUUCGGUCUGGCUACCCAGGAGCCCUGGAUCCAGCAUGCUACGGUGCGCGACAACAUCCUGUUUGGCAGGAAGUACGACUAUGUAUUCUACCAGGCGGUCGUGGAGGCCUGCGCACUCUCCGAGGACCUCAACGUGCUGCCCCAGGGAGACCGGACGGAGGUGGGCGAGAACGGAGUGACCCUCAGCGGGGGUCAGAAAGCACGCCUGGCGCUGGCCAGAGCCGUCUACAUGGAGAAGGACAUCUACCUGCUGGAUGACCCGCUGGCCGCCGUGGACGCCCAGGUGGCUCAGCACCUGAUGCAGAAAUGCAUCAUGGGAAUCCUGCGGGGAAAGACCAGAAUCCUUUGCACUCACCGCAUAGAGUUUGUGGAGCGGGCGGACCUGGUGGUCCUCAUGGACAACGGGACCAUCGUCAAGACAGGUACGCCAUCGGAAAUCCUGCCCCUGGUGGAGGCGGGUCCAAAACAGCACAGGAAUGACCGCAAAGCUGAGCAGAAAGGUGGUGCUGAGGUGGAGCUGGAGGAGGGGGUUUCCAGUUUGGAGGUGGAGGAGAAGUUGGUGAUGGUGGAGGAGGACGAAGACCGGUCGGGGGAGGAGCAUAAGGAGGCGGGGGGGCUGGCGUGGGCGGUGUACCGGGCGUACUGGCGGGCGGUGGGAGGAGCCCUGGCCGCAACCAUCCUACUGUCCCUCCUCCUCAUGCAAGCUUCUAAGAACGUGUCUGACUGGUGGCUGUCGCACUGGAUAUCAGAGCUGAGGAACAACGGCUCAGCAUGGAGCAAUGGUUCCUACACAGAGGCCUACACCUCACCCCACCUGCUGCUCUUCUCUCCUGGGGGACUGACGGCCCCGCUGUGUUCCCCGACAGCCUCCCCCUUCUCCAACAUCAGCUCGGACGUGAAGUUCUACCUGACGGUGUACGCCUCCAUCGCCUCCGCCAACACCCUCUUCACGGCCGCACGGGCCUUCCUCUUCGCCUACGGCGCCAUCCGCGCCGCCACCGUCGUCCACGACCGCCUGCUGGGCCGCGUCCUCCAGGCCACCAUGGGUUUCUUUGACGCCACCCCGACGGGGCGCGUCCUCAACCGCUUCUCCUCGGACGUGUCGGGCGUGGACGACGGCCUGCCCUUCGUGCUCAACAUCCUGCUGGCCAACGUGUUCAGCCUGGCGGGCACCCUGGCCGUCAUGGCCUGGAGCCUCCCCUGGGUGCUGGCCGCCCUGCUGCCCCUGGCCCUCCUCUACCACCGCACCCAGCGCUUCUACCGCCAUUCGUCCCGCGAGCUCAAGCGCCUCAGCAGCGUCACGCUGUCGCCCCUCUACUCGCACUUCUCCGAGACGCUGAGCGGCCUGGCCACCAUCCGGGCUAGCCACGCCUCCGCCAGGUUUGAGGAGGAGAGCAAGAGGCGCCUGGACAACAACCAGCGCUGCUUGUUCCUAAGCAACGCCGCCAUGCAGUGGUUGGACAUCCGCCUGCAGUUGGUCGGGGUCGCCCUGGUUACCGGCAUCAGCACCAUCGCUGUCCUCCAGCACCGCUACGGCUCUGUAGACCCAGGUCUGGUGGGACUCUCUCUUUCCUACUCCCUCUCCAUCACCGGCCUGCUGUCUGGGCUGAUCUUCAGCUUCACCCAGACAGAGAUGCAGAUGGUGAGCGUGGAGCGGACGGAGGAGUACUCCACCUGCCUGCCCACCGAACCCCAGGACCACAACCCACAGUGUGAAAAAGGCCACCUAGGAACCAGAAACCUCCUCACAGUGCGUGUCCUGGUCCAGGUCCCGGCGUCGUGGCCGGAGCGUGGCCAGCUGGAGUUCAAUGGGGCGGUGUUGUGCUACAGGGAGGGUCUGACCAACGCCCUGGACGGGGUCACACUGCGGGUGCACCCGGGGGAGAAGGUGGGCGUUGUGGGGCGCACCGGCUCCGGCAAGUCCAGCCUGUUCCUGGCCGUGUUCCGCCUGGUGGAGCUGAACCAGGGGGCCAUCCUGCUUGACGGCCUGGACAUCUGCACCCUGGGCCUGGCCCAACUCAGGUCCAGGUUGGCCAUCAUCCCCCAGGACCCCUUCCUGUUCAGCGGGAGUGUGAGGGAGAACCUGGACCCCUGCGGACGCCAUCCUGACCAAAGGCUGCUGGCCGCCGUGCAGGACUGUCACCUGGAGCAGCUGGUGUCCAGGAUGGGUGGUCUGGAUGCAGAGGUGGGGGACCGGGGCAGUCGUCUGUCCCUGGGCCAAAGGCAGCUGCUCUGUCUGGCCAGAGCUCUGCUGACCGAGGCCAACGUUCUGUGUAUAGAUGAGGCCACAGCCAGUGUAGACCAGCAGACAGACCGACUGCUGCAGGAGACCAUCAGAGACAAGUUCAGAGACAAGACGGUCCUGACCAUCGCACACAGGAUCAACACCAUCAUGGACUCAGACCGCGUGCUGGUGAUGCAUGCUGGGAAGGUGGUGGAGUUCGACGCCCCGGCUGCCUUGCUCCAGAACGACCAGUCUCUUUUCAGCAGGCUGGUUGGGGGGGCAGACGAGUGAGGAAGAGGAGGCAGGAGUGGUCCUGCCGAAGGACAUCGUUAUCUGACCAAUCACAGCGUCUGUGGUCCAAACUACUUCUGGCAGGCAAGCUAAGCCAACCAAUCAGUUUGCAGGUUUGAGUCCUCAGCUGGUUCCAAACAGUCUGAGCAAGAAGCAUAAUACAGAACAACAUUUGAGAACAAUAAGAAAUGCAAACAUAAAUCCACUGUCCUUUUACACAAUGAAAAACAAAGACUGGAGAGAGACUCUGAUCCGUUACAUCUAACAUCUACGCCUGAACACUACCUCAAGAAGAUGUACUGCAGGUUUCCUGGCCGGGAGCAUCCACUGCGGUGGCACUGUCUGGUAUCGAGGCAACACCUCAACACUUACUGAACAGGCCAGCUGCUCUAGAGAGAAGGAUUGACUGGUGUCUUGCUGUGCUUACCCUCUCCCAUAAGAGGGCUGUACAGGCCGACUGUCGGCCGUUCAAACAGUCUGGGCUCUGGGUUUUAUGUGUUGAAACGCAACUUCAAAUGAAAGACUUGUUUUGUCAAAUACUGCAGAUCUGAAAUAUAGAUAGAGAUUUAUAUCUAUAAGAUAAAGGGAUAGUUGUUUCGGACACAGAGUCUUCUUUAUUGGGCACUCAACCUUCCAGACACUACACAGCUAGCUUUAACACUACUUUCAACCAACUAUUAAAAACAGGUUUGAAAUCA